AAAAGAAAAGAAAAAAGAAACAACAAAAUUCAAGAAGAAGAAGAAGAAGAAGAAGAAGAAGAAGAAGAGAAGAGGACUAGGUAGGAUUGUUUUUGGGGGUAUUGUUAUUAUUGAGAUCUGAUGCGAGUAGGAGGGGAGGGGGGGAGAGGAGAAUAGGUCUAUGGAUUGGGGGGAAUGGCUGGGUUCCCUCUAGGAGGAGGAGGGAGCAGCGGCCAUAUCCCGACGAGUCGAGACGAUCAGAAUCCGCUACCGCCCGACACCUUCUUCCUCUACGCCCGCGCCGGCGGCACCGGCACCAGCGGUUUUCAGCUAUGGCAGCAGCAACAGCAACAGCAACAGCAGCAGCAGCAGCAGCAGCAGCAGCAGGCGCAAUUCUAUUCUUCGAGCGGCGCGAUUCUGAGCUUCUCUCAUGAGGCGUCGGCGUCGGGGUCGGGGCAGUCGGGCGGAAGAUACGGAGGCGGGGGCGGGAGUGGGGUGAGCUGCCAGGACUGCGGGAACCAGGCGAAGAAAGACUGCGCGCACCAGCGGUGCCGCACGUGCUGCAAGAGCCGGGGGUUCCACUGCGCGACGCACGUCAAGAGCACGUGGGUCCCCGCCGCCAGGCGCCGCGAUCGCCAGCAUCAGCACCAGCUCCAGCUCGCCGCCCUCCCCUCCUCCUCCUCCCCCGCCGACCCCUCCAAGCGCCGCCCUAGGGACCGCCGCUCCUCCCUCCCCCCUCCCUCUACCUCCGGAGGAGGAGGAGGAGGAGGCCUAGGGGCGGGUGCAGUGGAAGCGCGGUUCCCGGCGGAGGUGAGCUCGGAGGCGGUGUUCCGCUGCGUCCGCAUCGGGCCCGUCGACGAGGCGGAAGACGAGUACGCCUACCAAGCCACGGUCAGCAUCGGCGGCCACGUGUUCAAGGGCAUCCUGCGCGACCAAGGCCCCGACCUUUCUUCAUAUUCGUAUUCGGGUUACCAUUACCAUACCCAACCACCGCAACCCGGGGAGUCCUCUUCUUCCGCCGCUGCCGCUGCCGCUGCCGCAGCAGCUUCUGCGGAGGCCGCAAUAACGUCGGCUUCCGCAGCGGCGGCGCCGGCGGCGGUGAUGGACCCCUACCCGACUCCGCUGAGCGCGUUCGCGGCGGGGACGCAGUUUUUCCCUCAGCAACACCACCACCACCACCACCACCACCCAAGAUCCUGAAAACAACUCAGAUCGGUUCAUUUUAAUUUCUCGCUGAGCUUUCUCUUUAAUUAGGCUUUUACAGUAUAUUUUCAUGCUUUUCAUGAAUUCGUGCACCGUUAUUAUUAUUAUUACUACUACUACUACUACUAUUAUUAUUAUUUUUUUUCUUAACUUAAUUAGACUCGUUCCGAAUGUGAUCUUUUGAACCGAGACAGAGGGGAUAGUAAGUUAGUAACUGCCGCAUCUUUCUCAUCUUUCAUUCGGCAAUGAAUAACCUGACAGAUAGCGUUCCUUUUUCUCGGUGCCAAUGCGUUCUUUUGAUUAUUCUAUGACUAAUAAUUUAUACUUCUUCAAACAUGUUUAUGGAACCAACGAAUUGAAUUACUAUACAACUAAAAGAUUAUUAUAAUCUCAUCAUUCCUAUGAGUCUU